GCUAAGCAACGACCUGCGGACAGGCAUCCGAGCUACGAAAAAAAGAAGAAGAAGAAACCAAAAAAGAAACAAACAAAAAAACAGGAACCACAUUAAAUUCGAGUAUCUUCUGCAAUGAUCCCGACGUUAUCCCUACUCUGUCUGCUCUGAUCUCGUCGAAAUUGAAGUGAAGAAAUUGAUGCAUCUUGCUCCGCGGUCCUGUUUGUUUUGACCUGCGUAGCUAUAAGAGAAUCCUGCUCGAGGGAUUAGCGGUCCGUCAAUGAGGAACUACCGGCUCAUCUUCUGCCACAACCUGAAGCAGCCAUAGAUGGUUCAGUGGUUCACUGGCUAGGGGAGGAGCGGAUAGGACACACUUUCACUGCUACACGACGUGAGGUCUUGGCGGGGUUGUGGUGAGGAGGAGGAGGAGGCCAUGAGGAAGAGCGUGUCUCCGUUGCCAGGCAACGAGGGCGGGAGCUCAGCCAGCACCACACAGGUUUUUGGCGUUCCUUUGGAGGAGGUGACACGCACACACACGAUCAGUGGCCACGAGGUUCCUGCACUGGUGAAAGACAUCGUCGACUACAUUGAGGAGCAUGGUCAUCUGGACUUGGAGGGGCUCUUUCUGGUUAAUGGCAACGCAGAGCGCGUGGAUUGGCUGCGCCAGCGCUAUGACAGCGGUGAAGAGGUGGAGCUAGAAAAAGAGGCAGACCUGGCAUCAGCGGUCAGUUUGCUCCGACUGUUCUUGCAGGAGCUCCCUGAACCCGUAAUCCCAACGGAGAUACAGGGACACAUACUGCAGCUACACCAAGAAUACAGCAACGAGGAGGAACUGUGCAGAAACUUGAAAUACCUGCUGCAGCAGCUUCCCCAGCUGAACUACGGCCUGCUGCGUUUCCUGUGCCGCUUCCUGGCCAGUGUGGCAUCAUUUCAGCAAGAGAGCUGGAACAUCGGGGCGCUGGCCGCUGUCUUCGGACCAGACAUCUUCCAUCUGUCAACAGAAGGAGAGGACCUUCGGGACCAGGAGUCUGUCAGCAGAGUCUUGGCUGAGCUGCUGGACAACCAGGAGGGUCUGUUUGACUCAGAGGACGAUGAUGUUUCAACCACCAACGACUACAGCUCUAUCAAUGAACAGAUCACAGAGCUGUUGGAUGAUGAAAAGUGCGAGGCCGAAUGUGAAGAGCUGCCUCAGGAUGGAGAGGAGGGUCCCGCCUCCUCCGACUCACCACAACACACACACACGGAUGACGGCCCCGCAGCCAGCUCCCACCUCUCCCCUAUAUCCAUCCUGCCUGCUGACUCUGCUGAGAUAAUUGAGCGAACCAUCAGGGCUGCAGUGGAGCAGCACUUCUUUGAGUUGAAGACCUCCAUCGACCAAGACCUCAGCAAAUACGACAGUCAAGGUGAGCCUGCAGACCAUGGUUGCCAUGGAGACGAGGAGCAACAAACUGAUGCUGAGGACAGUCCUUGCUACGAAGAUGGGGAGACCCCGCUCACACCGACCGAGCAGCACAUACAGCAACGCCAGAAUGACACACAGGAUUCAUCGGACUCUGGUGCCGCCCUUGAGGAGAGCUCGGGAAUGGACCUGGACGCGGACGCCGUAAGAGACGUUGAGAACAACAUUAACACUGCCAGGCAGGACAAUCAACCCUGUGACACCAUGGAGCAAUCUGAUACCGUAAGCUGUGACUUGAGCUCAUGUAGGUGUGAUCAGAACGCCAACACCAGCGAAAACAACAGGAAUCACCUGUCGCCAUGCCAACCGAACAGCGGCCCAUCCCCACACCUCCAGCUCUUCCCCGACAACCAGUGGGAAGCUUCACCCCCUUCCCAUCUCCACCUCCCUCCCAUAGACUUCUCAUGUAUGCAUCUGCAAAAGGAAGGUCAAGAUCCCGUCCCGGCCUACAAAUCCUGGCAGGACGACAACGAGAGCGGAGAGGCGCAGCUGUCCCCGCUGGCCGGUCGCAUGGUUCCUCUCCCCCUGCUUCCCCUCGAAGAGGACGGGGAGGAGGAGGACAGCGAGGGAGGGCAAGACUCCUCCCCUUCCUCUUCCCGCUCUCAUCCUCACCUCCUGGCACGACGCUUCCUCGACUUCGGGGCGCACGGUGCCCAACGCUUCCUCCAGCAGGACCCAGACGUCACCUCCCCCACUAAAGCACAGAGGCCGCGGCGAGCAUCAUUUGGCUCCAAAGAGGGGAUGAGAGGAGGCGACUCGGUGACCCACCAACUCACCAAGAAGCUUCAACACCUGAAGAAGAAAAUUAAACAGUUUGAAGAGCAGUUUGAGAAGGAGAGGAACUACAAGCCCUCUCAUGGAGACAAGGCAGCUAACCCCAAAGUCCUCAAAUGGAUGACGGACCUCACCAAGAUCCGCCGGCAGAUAAAAGGACGCCAGCACCACCUUUUACCCAGAAGCACGCUGAGGCACCAGGCUUUGCUCCAUUCACACAGACGCCACCAUGCCCCCUCCUCCCCUUCCUCCUCCUCCUCCUCUAUCUGCUCACCUCCCCAUCACACACUCACCCCCCCACUCCACCCCUACUCAGGCCAGAGCUCUAGACCGUAUCACCUCAACGCCAAACACCGCGCGGAGACCGAGCUCGGCCCUCAGACUCGUCCGCGAAGCAACACCUUACCCAAAAGCUUCGGCUCCACGCUGGACCAGGCUGCUCAUGAGGCAACAGGGGAUGUAAACAGGGGUCAACGUCCUACCAGGGAGGAAACACUGGAGCUGAUCCAGCGCAGGGUCAAAGGGAAGCGGCAGGAAGACUGCUGGCCUGAUGACAUCAAGAAAAUGACAAAGGAGCAGCUGUCCUGUGAGAAGACAGUCCUUCAAAAGAACCUGCUGCACUAUGAAGGCCUGCACGGUCGACCGGUGACCAGAGAGGAGCGUCUGGUGGUGAAGCCUCUCUAUGAUCGCUACAGACUGGUUAAACAAAUGCUCACCAGAGUCAGCAUCACACCUGUGACAGUGUCUCCCUCGAGUAAGCGGCGAAGUCAGACCCUGCAGCCAAUCAUUGAAGGUGAAACUGCCCACUUCUGGGAGGAGAUCAAAGAGGAGGAGGAGGAAGAGCAGAAAGGAGGAGGAGACGACGAGGAAGAUGACAGGGAGGAGGAGAGGGACGAGGAGGAAGAAGAAGAGGAGGAGGAGGAGGGAGAGAGCAGUGGCGGGGAGAUGCAGAGCUCGGAUGUCAUCAUAGCCAUUGACCCCGUGACUCCAAUUGACCGACCAAUGAGGAGUCAGAACCAACCUGACAGACAGAGUGACUGUCCAAUGAGCGACAAGAGCCAGACGGGAGGUCCAAUGAGAGCCAAGCUUGAGGAGGGGUCGGGGAAGCUCGCGCUGGACCUGCGGUUGUCCAGUUCCAACGCCUCGUCCAUGCCAGAGCUGCUGGAACAGCUGUGGAAAGCCAGAGCAGAGAAAAAGAAACUGAGGAAGACCAUCCGAGAGUUUGAGGAAGAUUUCUAUCAGCAUAAUGGCAGAAACGUUCAGAAGGAGGACCGGGUGCCGAUGCUGGAGGAGUACAGGGAGUACAAGAGGAUCAAGGCCAAACUUCGCCUCCUAGAAGUUCUCAUCAGCAAACAGGAUUCCUCCAAAUCCAUCUAGACCCGCCUCGUGCAGAUGCUCGCACACAUCAGCUGUCACGAAAGCGGCUAGGACCCGCCCACUCGGGACGUCCUGCAGCCGGUCCGACGGCAUCACAAGAAAAACUCCAGCCGACAACCAUAUCCAGAUCACAUGACUCCAGAAAAACCUCAUCAGAUCAGACUUCAUGGCCUCCGCUCGUUAUGCUGCAUUCAUGUCACGUGGGAAAAAUAACCUUCAGUGUCUAACUGGUUCAAAGUUUCUGAGGUCAAACGUUGAAGUUCAGUGAUUUUAACGAGCGUAAACAUGGGUUGUGUUUAAAAGAUCUUAGUUGGAGAGACUUUAGAGGGUCACCUGGAAGUUCUGGUUUCUUAGUUUGGUGGUCCAGGAUUAGGAGUUCACAGUACUUAAAGCCACUGGUCAAACUCAAGCAUCAAAACUGACUAAAUGUAUACAGCAUUCAUUUGGAGUUCAAACUUUGGUUCUUGCUAAUAUCAGUAUGAGGAAUGAGGACGAGAAAGAUGUUUUUAACUGUUUCCCAGCAAGUGAAUCAGUUGGCAGUAAAUUAUUUUUAAAAAUGCCUCAAAUUACUUUUAUCUGUUUAAAUUUUACCAAAUAUUUUCAGUGAAUGCAAUGAAAAAACUUCAAGCUGCUAGUAAUAUUUUUUGCUAAAAGGCCCCAUUAGUGAGAAAUAAGCAGCACUGAAAAUCUGACAUUUUUAACCAUAUUGAUCACAAAAUCUUUUGAUAUUUAUCAUCAGGUUUAAGUGACUACAAAUAUUUUCCUUUUUAUGAUGUCAGAAUGAAGUAAUGUGGACAUUGGAGUUUUUUGCCAAAACUCAAAGUCUAAUCAACCACCUAAAAUCUGACGUAAGCCGUAUUCACUGCUGGUUUCACGUGACAUGAAUGCAGCACCUGCAGCUGCCUCCGCCUCUUCGUCAUUCAGCCAAUGGCCUGCAUCUUAUUUGAGUGACAGCAGCCAUGACCAAUCAUCUCUUGCUGCAUAUCAUUUAGAGCAGGAUGCAGUUAAAAGAAUGGCGGGGGGAAAAAAGAAAAAAAAGGAAAUAUCAUCACUAUGUUUUGUCAUCUUCUUCAUCAUCAUCAUAAUUAUCCCAACAACUUGACUCAAGACUUUGCACUUCUCAUGUCUCGUUUCGUUGUCUUCUGAGGGGAAAAAAAACAUUCUGACUUUUUAAUUUCAGACUUUUCUUUAUCAAUCUUUAGUUCCUCAUGUCAUUUGUUUUUCCUUCCUUCCUUCACUCUGAGGAAUCAUUAUCGGACAGCUCGAGGACUGACAUUUUUAGACCCUCUUCACUCGAUCUUUUUUGGGGACGUCACUCGGUGUGAAAAGUCCCUCCUCCACCUUGCUUCAGGGAGACAUGAUUGGUUUAAACCACCUCUCCUUGGCACGAGGUGACUUAUUUUAUCCUGUUUUAUUCUUCAUUUAACAUCCUGAACGCGUCACCUUCUGACUGAUUUUUAACAUGAAUUCACCCGUUUAAAACUCAACUUUGUGCGUGUGUCCUCGUUUAAAAAAAAAAAAAAAAAAAAAGUAUAUACCAACAUGUUUAUGAGACACUGCUGUUCAUUAUUUUUUCCUGAAAGAAAAAGAGUAUUUGUUGUAUUCCAAGAGAAAUGGAAAAAUAAUUAUUACCUCCUGGUGUGACCUUGGAGCGGUUGGCUUCAGUUCAGGACUGAUUCUCUUUUUCUUUUUCUAUUCUUCAGUAUUUUCUUGGACUUUUUAAAUUCGAUUUUGGCAAUAUUUGUCAGUAAGAUGUACAGCAGGUUGACAUAAGGAGAUGUUAUCUGUAUUUCUCCUUCACAAAUUAACUCCUGUUUUCCCAUGAGCCUCUUUAACAAAAAGCUGGUUUUAAGAGCUCAAAUGUCCGAGUCUGUCAGUCAUGGACUCGUCAUUUUGAUAUUUCUGACACCGCUCUGCUUAAGACACUCAUGGGAAACAGUCCUACUCAGAUUCACAGAUUAUAUGAUGUAUAUUUUUCUUCAGUUUGCUGCAUGGAGGUGCGGCAGGUUUCUGAGAGAUCAUGGGUGAUAAAAGCUGAGGAGUGAGCAGAGGAGCUUUUGAUUGACAGCAUCUGGUCCUCUCCUCUGAAGCUAUAAGCAGGUGGACUACAGGCACAAGUAGUCUGACCUGGUUUGGUUUUCUUGCCUAUCAUUGGGUACACGGCCGGUUUCCUGAACAGCAGUCGGGGAACAGUCAGCAGUUGCUGUGCAGCUGAUUUGGCGGCCAUCAAAAAAACCCUUAAAAAACUGGUUCAUCUCUGGUGGUCAAAGACAGAAGUUUGAUUGUAGCUUUAAACACGAUGAGGUGCCAACACUGCCAGCACUGAUUUAAACACAGAGGAGCGUCUUUGUCUUCAGUUAAUUAAUUAUCUUCUCCAAACUGAUGAUGAGUUGUUUGACAAAGUCGCAGCUGAAGGUCUGAUUAGUACAACUGCACGUUAGUUCCGUGUUACUUCGAGGGGAGAAGAUUUUUACAGCCAAGUAGUUUUUUCUUUGGUCGAAUCUGCAGUUAAAUUUCCUGCUGGCAGGUAAAGUGACGACAGGUGAGGAGGAGAAAGUCUAGUUAGAAGUUUGACGCAUGCACACCAGUUUGUCCUCUUCAUUCUUCUUGUAUCAGGCAGGAUUCAAGAGGUGAAAUGAGGAGACACAUUUCUAAGUCAUUAAUUUGACCUUAAGCUGGUAUGUUAGUGUAUCCUCUGUGUUGGCAGGUGAAGUUCUAUUUUAAGAACCUCUCUCUGGUUUAAGUCUAAACGUGGCUGGUUAAUUGUUGGAUUUCUAAGCUGUUAAAAGGCAGAAAAGACAAAGAACAUUUCUUUCUGAACUGAUGUAAAAUAACCUGCCAGGAUCAAAGCUGACUGUAGUCAGUUCUGACAGUUUGAGCUAUGAACGACUCCAAGAGUUGAACUUUUAUGUUUGUGAGAGUUUGUAAAGAAUAUAAGGGAGGUGCAGUGUGUUUCUGUCGGGACAGUAAAGUUCGGAGGUUUGAUGUAAAAAAUAAAAUUAAAAAAAAGAUGUUAUUUGCACAGCAUUCACAGAAUGCAGCCCUUUUGUGUUUUUUCAUUUGUAUUUCUAAAGAUGAAGCACUACUUCUAUACAAAUAUAAAUAUAUACUGUAUAUAAAAAACACCCGAAGGAAUGAAUGUCAGAAAUGUUUAAAUUAUUUCAAACAUUACGUUUGGCCCCAUUUGGUUCAUUAUAUUUGUGAUGCCCUGAGAAUGUGUGUUUUGUUUUUUUAAAUAAAUAUUGCUAUUACUAUCAUAACCAUUAUUUUGUGUGAUAAUGACAAUAAUAAUCAUUUUGUAUCUACUCACUAACUGUAAAACCAGCUGUAGAAGUUAGUCUGGCACUGUGUGUGGCUAAACAAACAUGAACCUGCUUGUUUUUGAUUUAUUCUGUCGCUCUGUGUAAUAUAAGCUAAUAUAGAAGCAGUACUGUAGUGAGCUUGCAUGGCAAAAGAGAACAUAAUAGUAUGAAUAACAUGAUGUAUUGUUUCUAUUAUUUGUGCCAUGAAGCAGCAGCAAUAAUAAAGUUUGCGUGGAGGUUC